GCCCACUGUCUCCCAACAAUGAUCUCUCCUCCUCUGCCCCCGCAUCCGCGGCGGGGCCGGCGCCGCCACCUCCUCCGCCUCCUCCUCCUCCUCGUCGUCUCCGCCGCCGGCGCCGGGGCCGCCGCGGCGCUCCCGCCGCGGCCGUGCGCUCCGGCGAACGGCGCCAGCGCCUUCCCCUUCUGCAACGCGACCCUCCCCGCGGCGGCGCGCGCGCGCUCCCUCGUCUCCCUCCUGAGCCUGGACGAGAAGAUCCAGCAGCUCUCGGACGCCGCCGCCGCCGUGCCGCGCCUCGGCCUCCCGGCCUACGAGUGGUGGUCGGAGUCGCUCCACGGCGUCGCCGCCAACGGGCCCGGCGUCCGCUUCGCCCCCCCCGUCCCCGCCGCCACCUCCUUCCCCAACGUCGUCCUCUCCGCCGCCGCCCUCAACCGCUCCCUCUGGCGCUCCCUCGCCCGCGCCGUCGCCGUCGAGGCCCGCUCCAUGUACAACGUCGGCCUCGCCGGCCUCACCUUCUGGGCCCCCAACAUCAACAUCUUCCGCGACCCCCGCUGGGGCCGCGGCCAGGAGACCCCCGGCGAGGACCCCUUGGUGACGUCCGCGUAUGCUGUGGAGUACGUGAAGGGGUUCCAGGGCGAGUACGAUGAGUAUAACGAUGGCGGCUCGUCGAUGAUGCUCUCGGCUUGUUGUAAACAUUACACUGCCUAUGAUCUGGAGAAAUGGGGCAACUUCACGCGGUACACGUUCAAUGCAAAGGUGACGGAGCAAGAUCUUGAAGACACCUUCCAGCCUCCGUUCCGGAGCUGCAUAGAAGAAGGCCAUGCUAGCUGCUUGAUGUGCGCGUACAAUCAGGUAAACGGGGUUCCCAUGUGUGCCCGGAAAGAUCUUUUGGAGAAGGCUAGACAAGAAUGGGGGUUUAAAGGAUAUAUCACCUCUGAUUGUGAUGCAGUUGCUAUAAUUUAUGAGAACCAGACAUAUUCGAGUUCUCCUGAAGAUUCAAUAGCUGAUGUUCUCAAAGCAGGGAUGGAUAUCAACUGUGGGUCUUAUCUACUUCGACACACGAAAUCAGCAGUUCAGAAGGGGAAGGUUCAAGAAGAGGACAUUGAUCGAGCACUCCUGAAUCUCUUCUCUGUUCAGCUUCGACUUGCGCUUUUUGAUGGAAAUGAAGGAAAUCAGUGGUUUACACAAUUAGGGCCUAACAAUGUGUGCACAAAGGAGCAUAGAGAACUUGCGCUAGAAGCUGCGAGGCAAGGCAUCGUCCUUUUAAAGAAUGAUAAAGGCUUUCUCCCUCUCAAGAAGAAUGAGAUAGGUCAUCUGGCUCUAAUUGGCCCUGCCAUUAAUGAUACAAGCAUUUUGGGUGGAGAUUAUACAGGUGUUCCUUGCAAUCCAAUUAGCUUUCUCAACGGCAUCCAGGCUUACGUACCAAAACUUUCAUUUGCUGUUGGAUGCGUUGAUGUGCCCUGUAACUCAACGGAUAAAUUCGAAGAGGCCAUUAACAUUGCUAGAGAAGCAGAUGUUGUAAUUGUGGUUGCUGGACUGAACCAAACUGAAGAAACUGAAGACCGUGAUCGCGUGAGCCUCUUAUUGCCGGGCAAACAGAUGGACCUCAUUAAUGGAAUUGUGGAUGCGAGUAAGAAACCUUUGGUUCUUGUUCUGACGGGUGGUGGGCCUACAGAUGUUUCAUUCGCCAAGGAAAAUCCGGCUAUUGCGAGUAUUCUUUGGAUUGGUUACCCCGGUGAAGCUGGUGGGCGAGCUCUUGCCGACGUUAUCUUCGGAGAAUUCAACCCAGGGGGAAGAUUACCUGUCACUUGGUACCCCGAGUCCUUCACGAAUAUACCGAUGAACGACAUGAACAUGAGGGCCGAUCCUUCACGAGGUUACCCAGGCCGAACCUAUCGGUUCUACACAGGAGAAGUCGUCUUUAGUUUUGGAUAUGGUUUGAGCUACUCAAACUACUCGUAUAGAAGUUUGUCCGCGCCUGAACGAGUUAGCUUGUCCGAAUUGUUCUCUGAGGCUGAUAUCGGCAGAAAACUGGCCUAUGCCGAAAGAGAUGGAUGUGGCCACAUGAAAAUCGAAGAGAUCUCAUCAUGUGAUGCUUUAAGAUUCUCGGUUCACGUUACAGUAUCAAACCAUGGUAGCAUGGAUGGGAGCCACACUGUUUUAUUGUUCGUGAGAUCGAGAAACAACACAAAGGGAUCUCCAUUGAAACAGUUGGUUGGUUUUGAGAGAGUGCAUACAUUUGCUGGUGAAGCUACUGAAGUUAUGAUUACUGUAGAUCCCUGCAAGCAUAUGAGCAUAGCAAAUAGCCAAGGUGAGAGGAUACUUCUUUUGGGGGCUUAUGUGUUAAUGCUGGGCGAUUUGGAGCAUGAGAUGGUUAUUGAAGAUUGAGAAUUACUUUGCUUGUUUUAGAUGAAACUGAUGCCCAAGGAGACAUCUUCUUGUGUAUCAACAUGAUUUAUCACGAAAAAUAAUCAUUGAAAUCUGUUUAUGUACCUGAGCAUUGUUAUCUUUUUUAAACCUGUUUUAAAACUGGUUCAGUCCAAUGUGGUUGGAUCAAGCGAGGGCGGAUCAAAUGAAAAAAAAAAAAAUCUCAGUAUAUGUAAAUCUUA